ACAGAGAAGGGGUUCACACUUUGCAUUGCAGCUCUCGGCAAUGGCGGAGGCUGAGGUGGCUCCGGAGCCGCCGGCGCCGCCGGCUGCGCCGGAGGAGGCAACGCAGCUGGCGGAGGCGCCAGAGGCGGCGGUCCGACACCAGGCAGAAGAGACUGCUGUGGCGUUUCCAUCCGAUGAGGACCUCAUGGAGGUGGAGGAAGCUGACAUGAAGCCUGAGAAGCCAGACGACCGGCUCCUCAAGGUGAAGGGCCUGGACAAGCAGCAGCUAUGCAUCGACCUGCUUAUGGUUGGCUGUGUCCAGUCCUACGUGGACUUCUUCUACAUCACCCAUCGCAAAGCACCGCCCAAGGAGGGUUCUUCAGAGGAGGUGAAGGAUGUGGUCAUCCCGGAGGAGACAUUGAUCUUUCUCAAGGAGACCCUGGAGCAAGCGGAGACGGCACGAAGGCUGCGAAGCUACUUGCAGUGCUAUGAGAGCUACAACUCCCUGGCCGAGUUCUUUGAGAAGGUUCCGGACCUGAAGAGCGCCAUGUACUUCUACCAGAGAUGUGCCGACGUGGCUGCGGAGGUGGACGCCUGGGAGAGCAUCUCCAAGGCCAAUCUCAACCUCGGGAGCUGCGAGGAGCAGGGCGGGAACUGGCAGAGCGCUAUGCAGUACCAUGAGAAGGCUUUGGAGAUCGCGACCUCCGCGGACUCGCUGCCGCUGCAGAUCAAGGCGGCCAGCCGCCUCACCACGGUCUGCCAGGUGCUGGCGGAGCAGUGCGAGAAGGACGGCCAGGACGUGGAGGCGGCGCAGCUUUACGAGCGCUGCCUCAGCAGCGCGCAGCUCUCCAAGGACGCGGCGCUGGAGGGCUCCGCCUGCCACAAGUUGGGUUUGUCAAAGCACAAGACCGGCAACUACGAGCAGGCCGUCGAGUUGCAGAAGCAGUACCUGGAAAUCUGCAGGAUCCAUGAGGACAGGGUAGGCGAGAGCGCAGCCCGCGCUGCGCUGGCGCAAGCCUUUGAGGCCACUGGAGACACGCCGGAGGCGAUUAAGCAGCUAGAGAACCUGCUGAGCGUGGCCAGCGAGGCAGGCGAGCUCAAGGCGCAGGCCGGCGCGUGCUUGAACCUGGGGAUCUUGUACAACAGCCGGGGCAACCACGAGAAGUCCGUGGAGCUCUUGGAGCAGCACUUCGACCUCGCCAGGCAGAUCGGAGACCGGAAGCUGAUCGACUCUGCUCGAGUUGUGCUUGGGAUGGUGCGCGGCAAUGGCAAGCUGAAGGCUUACAUCAAUAUGGUGAACAACGACCUCGAGAAGCUGCUGAAGUGGAAAAGCAAGCGGGCCACAUUGGACUCUUGACCGUCGCUGCUCCAAAAUGGAGACGCGUGGCGUUUAGUCCCGGCGCCGCGAGUUCAUGCCGUCGUCGGCCGCCCAAAGGGCUGCAC